AUGGGAGGAGCGAUAGGUAAAGAUCAUGGGGCGUUGGAAUACACGGAAAGAAAUAUUUAUCUUAAUUCACAGGAGACAUAUGGAAGGUUUGUUAGUUGGUAGUUUUACGACCCUUAUCACGAUUUCUAAAUCAAUGUUUGAUGUUAAGCCUUAGCUAGUCAUGUUAAGCCUUAGCUAGUCAUGUUAAGCCUUAGUCAUGAGACUUGAUGACAGUUGAGAAGCGAGAGUUUGCCGGUGAGAGUUUUCUCAACUCUCAUGCAUACAUGGCCGGUCAAACGAAACAAGGGUUGCAUGAGAGUUGAUGAUCGCGCAUUUUGGGGCGCAACGCAACUGUAUGGAUUAAAGAGCAUGUUAUGUAAAGAAAGUUUCGACAGAGUUGAAUGCGGGCCAUGCUCGCACCUUUUUAGACACCAUGCAUGCGUGGUUCUGCAUCGUAGAGAUUGUCCUGCAAGCAAAAAUUGCAACGUGCAUAGCAUGCUUUUAGUUGUGGUUAAGAAAGUUGGUCCGGCUGAAAGUCCGGCUUCUUCCAGUGUAGUAACAACACUGGACCAGCAAAAGAUUCACUAGCCAAAGAAUUACCUCUCAAGUUAAUCAACUCACAGAUUCGUAUUUGAAUAUUAACUAUAAUGUAUAUAAUAUAUCUACAUGUAGCUCCUUCCUUCAUACAUUUUGCGGGUCUCCCUGGAAAUUUUCCCCUUGUUCCUUUGUUACCCACAAAAAUUUCCUCAACAUAAAUGUUUCCUUAUCCCCUGUAAUCUAUUGGCUUGGUUCCCAUUGCAAAAUAUUCUUCCUUGUUCCCUUGAAACCCUGCAUGUGUGACCAUCAAUUCUAUAUACAAGUCGUUUCGUUCGUAUAUUCAAUACCCUCUAUUACUUUUAGGAUGAAACCAGAUCGGCCCAUAACUAUCCAUCAAAAGGCCCUGUUCUGUUUGUGGAUGAUCAUCAUUUGUCUCUAUAUCAUGGUGAAAAUCUCGAAAUUUUGGAAGUGGAUUUUAUCUAAGCUGAAACAAAAAGAUUCAAGCGAACUAGAGGAGGAUCAUGUGGAAUCACAAAAACCUGUAGAGAAAGAAACGAAACAAGAAAGUUCUAUCGCCAAUGGAGGUAUUACAGAAAUCUUUGGAAAAGUCAAAGUUAAAUCUUUGCAUACUAUAACUCUGCUACUAUACAUGCUUAUUUGUCGGACGAAAACUACAGGGAUUUUUGAGAUCACAGUCUAUAGUCUAUAAAUUUACUUGAAUCCGCGGAAUCAUCGUUAUCAUCCCACGGCUGGUUAGGGUCAUAAGGAAGGCAUGCAACUAGCCAUGCUAGGGAAACUAGGAAACCUUGUAUAUUAAUGAAACAGAAUGACUAUACAGUUUAAUCUUUUUCUCUUCAAUUCCUCAAGGAACCAAAGCUCUCGAAGAAGAAAGUUCAGAAAAAAAGACCACCCUAUCAUUAUGGGCCAGAAUAUCAGAAACUUGUCCGGAACAACCGACCUACGAAAAAUUUUUAACCCAAGCUGUUUUGUUUGGUUGUAUUAUGUUAUAUUUCUGGCUUUGUGACUUUCAACAUAUCUGGUAUAAGACAGACAAGCAGUAUUCAAGAGAUAUGUUUAUAUUUAUUUUCUUUUUGCUCGUAUUUGUCGCUUUUGUUCUCACUAUCAAACCCACUUCGGAUAAAAUCUUGAAUCGAGAUCAGACGGAAGAAUGGAAAGGAUGGAUGCAGGUUUGUAUAUAAUUGUUGUUGUUGUUGUUGUUGUUGUUGUUGUUGUUGUUGUUGUUGUUGUUGUUGUUGUUGUUGUUGUUGUUGUUGUUGUUGUUGUUGUUGUUGUUGUUGUUGUUGUUGUUGUUGUUGUUGUUGUUGUUGUUAACAAUAGCUAGUUUCACUGCUUUGUUUCAUUUGUAAAAAUACAGUAUUCGGCAUUAAGUCAUGUUAGUACAAUAGUUUGCCAACGACAUAUAUGGUCUUGUUUACGGUAUAGGUUCAGUUUGUUUGGUAUCAUUAUUAUAACGCGCAAGAAGUCUUCAAUUCUAUUCGAUGCUACAUUGGAGCUUACGUUUGGAUGACAGGAUAUGGUAAGUUUUGUAAACCUUUCAAUUCUUAUUGAAUGAAAAGCAGCGAAAAGUUUUUCAACGCAGCGAAUGCCAAAAAUGUAAUUUUGUGCCGAAAAUGUACAUUGGUGGUAAUUAAAAAACUUCAAUUUAUUAUAAGCGAAUAUAAAGUGUUGCCUAACUUCGUUUCGGCACCGCAAUUUUAAUAAACAGCGAAUCAACUUUAUAGUAAUAUAAAGAACCGGAUUGGCUUCAAAAUUAGAAUGGCAAAAAUUAUGUAGGCAAGCUAUUGUGGUAUAAUCAUACUUCUCAUUUUUUUAUAUUUUCUAUUAUAUUAUAAACAUUUUCUUCUUUUAGGGAAUUUUUGGUAUUUCUUUCACAGAAAGGAUUAUUCAUUUUUUCGUCUUUGCAAGAUGAUGUGGAGAUUAAAUUUCUUAGUUGUCAUGGUAAUGGCGAUAACCAAUCACGAAUUCGUUCGCUAUUACGUGUGUGCCAUGCAUACGUACUGGUUUCUUACUGUGUACGCCAUGUUGGCUGUCUAUGCGAAAUAUAAUCAUGUAAGUUAAAAGCCUUAAGCCUUAAUACUGUGAACAACACAUAUUGAAUCUUUUUCCUAUAAGAAGUCACGUUUUUUACUUGAAAACAUACAUAUACAAAGUUUUAUGUUCGUUUAGUCUGUAAUGAAGGAAAUAUAUUUUGGCGGGAAAAUUUCCCGCGUAAAUUUCCCGCUCUUGUAGUUUCAAGCUCCUCAUUGGUCAACCGUGCAAGACGAGAAUUUUAAUCCAAUUUUGCUUCUUUUUCAGAACCGUAAAGUCAUGGCAAUUAAGUUUAUUCUGUUCUUCGUAUUCAAUUCAAUCAUUUUUGAAUUUCCUUACCUAACGUACAAAAUAUUCUGGCCAUUUCAAUUCAUGCUCAAUGUCUGGGGAAAUUUGGAUUACUGGGUCUACAGGGCAACGUAAGUCAAUAUAGUUAUACCACGGUCAAACGCCCGUCUAUCAACUGCGUAUAUUCGAAAGACUGGAAAAUGUUUUUUCCAAUAAAUUAACUUAAGUACCUAUAUUCAGUAGCGUAGCAGCAGCCCGACGAUUUAGUCCCGCUAUGAAAAUAAUCUCGCUUUUCAAACGAAAAUGUUAAUUUAAAAAUUAUCGCCGCUUAUAAAUUCUUGGUGAACAGCAAUUUAUAUAGUAAGUUUUAUAGGUUGCAAAGCAAAAAAAGCGCAGGAACAUUUUUUGUCUGAGCCCACGAUGCCAUCUGAUGAAAUGAAUGCUCAGUGACAUGGCGAUUCCCUUUCCGGAGGUUUUCCGAGGUUUUCCGGAUGUGCUUUCUUUGUUUCCCAGUACUCUCCAUUACCCAGCAUUAACACGGUACCAAAUUAACACUGCAAAAACAUUUGACUCUUUUUACACAAAAACUUGCGCAAAAUAUACAAUGCUAAUAAAAUUGAGUAAUUUUACUCAAAAUUUUAACUUUCUGUGGGUGGAUUAUUUUACUCAGGUUUUGGGUUUAAAAAACUCAAGGACUAUUUGCAUUGAACCUUUCAAUUUUUCAGAUUAGACCACUGGGCAACAUGGACUGGCAUGCUUGUAGCUUAUAACUACCCGUACUACGACGCAUUUUUGAAAUAUCUCGAAAAAAAGGACGAAAAUCGGCGAGAAAGGGUUCUAAAAAACGGCAUAAAAAUCGGUCUGACAGUCCUUUGCCUUAUAAUAGUCGGCCUUUGGUUUAACUACCUCUUACUUGUCAAUCGAAAAUGGUACAAAAGGACUCACCCCUACUCCUCGCUUAUUCCGAUACUGGCUUACAUCUGGCUUCGAAACCUGCAUCCUUUAUUGAGGACUCGUUAUCUAAACCUGUUUAACUGGUUAGGGAAGAUCACUUUGGAAACAUAUCUAUCCCAGAUUCACAUCUACAUGAUAGGGGAUGCGAAGAAGAUUUUGGUAUAUAUCCAUAAAUACCCCAUGAUGAACUUCGCUGUGGCGACAAUUUUGUACGUAUCCGUAUCUUAUGUGUUAUUUCAUCACACAGUUUUGUUCAGUGCGUUUUUACUGCCUAGGAAUAUGCGGAUUCUUUGUAAGAAUUUUAUAAUUAGUGUCAUGUUGUUAGUGUUUUGUUACGCUUUUUCAAUUCUAUUGACCUGGGCACAUGUUUGGUAGAGAGUCUGAGCAUGACAACGAAGUACGAAGCCAUUCUUGACAAUUUUUACCCGUCUGCGUACUAUCUUGCGCAUACUGAGUUUGGGCACAGAGCAAGUACAUACAGAUAUCUCACUCAAGGUUAAUUUAGCGUAAGGGAUUUUUCCAGUUCGCCAUGUUCUUAGCAAGUGCCCUAACGAGAGGCCGUCACCCUCUGAAAACAUAUUGAAAUUUAAUGUUCCAGGGGGGGUGAAUGCCUCUCUUUAGGGGACUUGCUUAGAACAUGGCUACCAUGCAGAUAGUGAACAUGGCUACCAUGCAGUAAGUGAGACCUCUGUAUGUAAUUACUCUGUGGUUUGGAGUUAGCCGUGGUUGUUCAUCGAAGACGGGUUUUAGUUUCAUCAUUCAUGUGUCUAUAGCUGUUUAUAAAUACAGACAGAAUACUUACCCUGACGCAGAGAAAACAGUGAGACAUGAAUCCAUAUCGCGUCUUCGUAUUUCUUCCUUCGUUCAGAAUGAAUAUUUUGGAAACAGAAGAAAAAGGACACGAUAGAGCUUCACGUCUCGCUGUCUUGGUCAAGGAUUGGAUUAGGAUCAGUAUUCGUAGACAGCGAGACAUGCAUGUAUAAGGGAAGACACGUUGAGCAACUACCAGUGACCCCAAACUAAAAAUUGUCAAGUACGUCUUCGUCUUAUAUACUUCGUUGUUUUGCUCGAACACUCUAAUACCCAAACUAGUACAAACUACAUACGUCACAACUCACAAGUUGUUACGGAUCUGCAACCAAGUUGUAACAAGCUUGGUUGUUGUUAAACCGAUAUCAAGAUGUGUUCGCCCUGCCUGUUUCCAGUUGUUGUGACAAGCCUAGAACAAGUUGUUAUCAUCUUAUUACAAGAUCGAUGUUGGUAACAGACUUCGUAGAUGUUCCAACAGGCCGUUCGUGUAACAAGUUGCUACGAGCUUGUUGUCAUCAAGUUGUUAACAACUUGUCACGUGCAAACGAUAUCAGACUUGUUAGAACAACUUGUUGCGAGUCUGUUGGCCUCAUCAAUCUUGUUACAAGAUAAUAUCAACUUGUUCCAGACUUGUCAACAACUAGCAACAAGCAGUGCGAACACAUGUUGUGAAAACUGUGAGUGUUUUGCGCGUAUAGUCUGUCAAGUUUCAAAGUAAAAUUUUCUAUUUUCGUAAUUGACUAUUUGCGCAAUAGACUAAAUUUUGAUCUCAACAAAAAUUUCAUUAUAGCUUGAAAGAGCAUCACAAAAUUAGUAAUAUUCCAAAGUUUCGUUGCAAAAUGUUGUAAAAUGCGGAAAAUAUAGCCUUGCGAAAUUUGCAAUUUUCAGUCAUUUUAGAUUACAAACCGGAAAUUGACAGCCUCGAAGGGUUUGGGGCUGUCAAUUUAUUAUUAUUAUUAUUAAGUCUUUAUUAAACAUAGCCACAACAGGCGUGUGACUUUACAUUUAAAAUUCUCAUAUACAAGGUUCCAAAAAAUAAACUUAAUUAUUAUUAUGUAUCUAAGUUAAUUAUUCUUAGGUAGAAUUAUUAAAAAGACUAAGACUAAGUUAUUAUUAUGUAUCUAAGUUAAUUAUUUUAGCUAAAAUUAUUAUUUCCCGUUUGUAAUCUAAAAUGACUGAAAAUUGCAAAUUUUGCAAGGCUAUAUUUUCCGCAUUUUACAACAUUUUGCAACGAAACUUUGGAAUAUUACUAAUUUUGUGAUGCUCUUUCAAGCUGUGAUGAAAUUUUUGUCCAGACUUGUUUAGUUCAAAAUUUAGUCUAUUACGCAAAUGGUCAAUUGAUUAUGAAUGUAGAAUAACGGCAUUUUGACUUUGACCACAUGCAUACAGUGUGCCCUGGAUGUAUAGUAGAUAGUAUUAUUACACUUUCAUAAAGUAGUAUAGGUGUAGUAUGGUGUUUUAGAUGGGUGAAAUUUUAUAUAUUUUAUAUAGGUAGCUUAUAAUGUUUAUAGUGGGGACAAAAACUGGAAAAAUAUUUUUAAAAAUAUAUAAUUAUUUAGUUUUUGUAAAUGUAUAGCUUAAAAAUAAAUUUAAAAUUAGUGUUUGGUUAAAUUUCACAACAUUGUAUUACUUUGCCAAACUAUCUUAUGAGUAAAAAUGGUGCGGAAUGGACCUUUCCCCUUAUAACUAAAAUUUUGAUCUGAACAAGUCUAGACAAAAAAUUUCAUUACAGCUUGAAAGAGCAUCACAAAAUUAGUAAUAUUCCGAAGUUUCGUUGCGAAAUGUUGUAAAAUGCGGAUAAUAUAGCCCUGCGAAAUUUGCAAUUUUCAGUCAUUUUGUAUUACAAACGGGAAAUUGAUGCCCCAACACCCGAUUGGGCUGUCAAUUUCCCGUGCGUAAUACAAAAUGACUGAAAAACGGCAAAUUUCUCAAGGCUAUAUUAUCCGCAUUUUACAACAAAACGCAACGAAACUUUGGAAUAUUACUAAUUUUGUGAUGCUCUUUCAAGCUGUGAUGAAAUUUUUGUCUAGACCAAAAUUUUAGUUAUAAGGGGAAAGGUCCAUUUCGUUGCAAUUUAGUUCAAUGCUUCCUGCUGUUUCCAUGAGUGUACAAGUUACUAUACAGUAGUAAGACGGUAACUUUGGUUUUUAUUGUGAUAAUAGACCAUAAUAUAAUUCAUGUAUAAAUGGGCCAACUAUAUUAUUUUAUUUAGCUCGCAUGAUAAAACUGGACACCUGGUGAAGUAUAUGGAUCCAGUUUAAAAUGAAUUCCCUAGGACUGGAUCAAAAUUAAUUCAGUCCUUGGAGUGGAUGGAUAUCUGCAUGAUAAAGUCGCCACAGUCUGAUUUUAUAUGUUACUUCAAAAUUGUAUCUUUUCCCUUAAAUUUAUCUGUUCCUAAAAAUUUCAGUAUAUAUACUAAUAUAGCGAAAUUAGUAUAUUUAAAUGAUAAAAACUUAACUUAUUUUACCUGUCCAUUCUCGCCAUCUUACUUGUCAGUGGGAGUCCGAUCCGAUCUUGUAUAAAUAAAGGGUUACGCAAAAGCCCUUUUACUCUUGGAAAUUUUGUUGCGAUUAUCCUUUUCUAUAUGAACGAGUAGAAGACUUAUGAAUAUUCCAAGUAAAUCUACCCUCAUCUGAUCAUCCGAUCGUUCACAUCAAUCAACAGAAAAAAAUCGCACCUAAUUAAAAUCGCGGCAAAAAUUCCAUGUGUAAACGCGCCUUAAGUACGGAAGAGACGUCCCUUACUACUAGAACUCUAGGGAAAAUAUGCAGUCUAAAGCAAUUUUACUCAUUAUAAAUGAAGUUUUUUUUCUAUUUCGAUGCCAUUUCAUUAAGACACAAAAUAACUUUACUUCCCGAACUCGCUUACGAUUUUCUCACCAGAUUUUGUUUGUCCUGGAGCGCAAGUUAUUCAAAAGAAAUCUUAAUACCACUUGCUUCGUUUCAACAAUUUUCACGCGUCAGUGAUUCUGACCCAACGACCUGCCUAUCACUAGCAGGGAUAUCUCCAAGGAUAUUUCUCGCUAUGUAAUGGCUAACAAUACUUCAAGAAAAAGUUUAAUUUUCUGUCACCUCAACGAAAAUGUUCACUAGAUCAUUCUUUCUUGUUCUUGCUGUAGUUAUUUUUAAGAUACAUGUGGCACUUUCGAAGAUAUACGGUCAGGGAUUCGACGUUACAGAAUUUAAACAGGAUUGGUGUCGACAGAGAAAAGCGGCCUUGGAUUGGAAAGCGAUCCUCGAACCAUGUAAAAGAGAUUUGGAAUACAGCAUAAAGCCAAGAUCUGUAAAUUUAACGUGAGUGCGAUCAUUACAGUUUUACAAUUUUUUAUAUUAAUGUUGUUUGAUUGAACUAGACUUGUUUAUUUCCUUUCAUGUUUUCACAGACAAUAACAAUAUCACUUUUAGUUUGUCCUCUGAAGCGUGGGACACUGAAAGCUUUUAUGGAACUUCUAUAUAGGCAUAUUCUAUCGAAUGCACGAGUUGAAAAAGUAUUUUAUUAUCGGGACCGCAAUGAAGAAUAAAAAAAUAUUGUGACAGCCACGCAAUUCCGCGCUGUUGUUGACAGCUACGGUGUGAAGGACACACAAGAACUACGCUGUAUAAGCAGAACGUCGACGUCUCGAGCAAAAGCCUUUCCAGUCGGGAAGUUAGUAUAAGCGCCGGUCUAACGGUGGUAGUCAGAGCUUGCCUGUGUGAAACUUGGCUGUGAGUAUAGCAGCUACGUCGCAGGCAUAUCACAUACAUAUGUGAACUGGACUUUAGUAACACAUGGGAGUGAUAAUAGUAACACUUGUAGUAACACUUUGCCCUGUAGCACUACCGUAUAGGAAGCAUUUUUGUAUUGGGAGGGGGGGGGGGGCUGAUUAGUCAGGGGCGAUUAUUAGGUCAUUAUUUCCCUCUCAAACUUUACAGUCUUUACAGACAGUGAAGUAGCCAGCACGACGAUUUGGUCUCGCUAUGCAAAUUUCAACUCAUUAUCAUUAUUCAUUUCUUUAGAAAUUGAUUGUGUUGAUAUUUUAUAAACAUGGCAACAUUUGCUUGGCCGGACUGAAUCGUCGGGCUGGCUACGUCAGGAGAGGGGGUUGAAGAUUGGGGAGGGGGCUGAAGUCCAGCCCCCCCCCCCCAUUGCUGCGGCCCUGUGUAGUAACACUUGACCUAUUUCGUAUACUAAUUACUGGACUUCGAAGAAGAACAGUUGAAACAUUUCGAGCUAUCCACCCUUAAUUCAGUUUGUGUAGUACAUUACUUCAUCUCAUCUUUUAGCGAAGGUACAUCUUACGAGAACAGUUUGGUUUUCACGAAGAUAGCGCCGGCUGGCCAGUUUAGCCACAUACGGAUAGAGGCACGUGACAAAUUGGGCAACCCUAAAAAUUAUGGCGGGGAUUCCUGGCGAGUGAUGAUUAGAAGUGAGGGGGCGACCCUGGCAGCUGAUGUGUUUGAUUUCAAUAAUGGAACAUACGAGGCUUUGGCGCUUCUUAUGGAGCCAGGGUUGUAUACUUUGGAUGUAAAGUUGGAUUACACAUUGUGCGAUGGACUACGCAACCCUCCUGUCGAGUGGUUUCAUAAAGGUAUGUACAGAGGAAUAAGGAACAGCGGUAAAUUCAAUUCCUUAAUUUGUAUGUAAAAUAUUUUGUCUGCUUAGAUCUCUCAUUUUUAGCCUAAUUAUGUAUCAUCUAUAUAAUAUAGUCUAUCCAUUAACCAUCGAUAGUCUAUUCAUCUAUGAAUCUAUCAUCUACAGUCGAUUCAUCCAUCAUGCAUCUAUAGUUUAUUCAUCUAUAGACCAUUCAUCUAUCAUCUAUAGUCUAUUCAUCUAUCAUCUAUCAUCUAUAGUCUAUUCAUCUAUUAUCUAUAGUCUAUUCAUCUAUAUCAUGUAUAUGGUCUAUUCAUCUAUCAUCUAUAUAGCCUAUUCAUCUAUCAUGUAUAUAAUCUAUUCAUCUAUCAUAUAUAGUCUAUUCAUCUAUCAUUUAUAGUCUAUUUAUCUAUCAUCUAUAGUCUAUUAUCGAUAGUCUUUUCAUCAAUCAUAUAGUGUAUCCAUCUCUUAUCUGUAAUAAAUUCAUCUAUCAUCUAUAGUCUGUUCAUGACGAUGAUAAACUUUAUUUAAACACGCUAACCUUGUCGGCUAAAGCAUCCUAUACAUAAAACUCUUUUUCAAUCACACAUGCGUAGACAAUUAUCUAUAUAAUCUUUUCAUCUAUUGCCAUUCAAUACCCCUAUGGUUUUCAUGUUUAAUACUCAUGCCUAUGGUUUUCAUGGUAUGAUACUCAAGUCUAUGGUAUUGAUGUUCUUAUGUUGUUAGUUCACUGUUCGGGAGUUUUGAAAAAUCAAACAGAUAUUGGGACUGAGCUCUUUGCUGACAUGCAGGAUUAUAUCAAUCGGAAAAUAGGAGAUGGUCAGAUUUUGACAAUACAAGUUGCGCCAUCUAACAUAGAUCGCACGGGUAAGAUUUGAGUAAUUAUCUGAUUACAUGAAAUACGUAACGCAUUCGAAGAUAUUUGAUCAACACAUGGCUGUGUAAACUUUUUCCAACCACAAAAUUUUAGUUCAAAUGUUUUGAACUGCUGUCUCCAAAUCAAAGUAAGAACAAGGUUUAAAAUAUAAUAUUUUCUACUCUAAUGUUAUUUAUUAUAUAUGAGAUGAUUUUUAUCAUCCUUAUUGUAGAUAAUGUGGAUGUGAUUUUUAUCGCCGCUCGUAAGAAUCAAUAAAAUUAAUGGAUGUCCAGUACAGGGACGAAACUAGCCCCUUUUAAUUGGGGGGGGGGGUGUCUGCUAGAAUUGCCCUGCGAAAGCCGUUGAUGCCCUGCAGAAAAACUUUUUUCGUCGACCCCCCCGUCGCCAAAAACAUUUCGGUCAGUAGUGUACCAUUUUGGGGGUCAAAAUUUUUUUCCGGACAUUCAAAAGAGGCCAAAAAAAAUUUUCCGGACAAAAACCAGUUAGAUUAAAGGUAAAAAAACAUUUUUUCGGACAUACACCAGUUUAAUUAAAGGUCAAAAAUAUUUUUUCUCGGACAAAUUCCUGUUGACACAUGCAUGUUAACACCAUUAUUUUUUGAACAAUAUCUGAAAUUUAAAAUUUUUCAUUGCCCUGCCAAUCCAGAUGAUUUGCCCUGCCAAUCCAGCUUGGGGGGGGGGGUGUCACCCCCACCCCUUAAGUUUCGUCCCUGGACUCCAGUAUGCUCAUGAGCAUGCUCGCGUGGCUUUUAGUAUUUAUACAAUUUUUUGCUUGGGACUAACUAUAUAAUAAACAGAGCAUUACACGUAAUAGACCUUUCCCCUUAUAACCAAAAUUUUGAUCUAGGCAAGUCUAGACAAAUAUGUCAUCACAGCUUGAAAGAGCAUCACAAAAUUAGUAAUCUUCCAAAGUUUCGUUGCGAAAUGUUGUAAAAUAGAGCCUUGCGAAGUUUGCAAUUUUCAGUCAUUUUGCAUUACAAACGGGAAAUUGCAGCCCCAACACCCGAAUCGGAUGUCAAUUUCCCGUUUGUAAUACAAAUUGACUGAAUAACGGCAAACUUCGCAAGGCUAUAUUAUCCGCAUUUUACAAGAUUUUGCAACAAAACUUUGGAAUAUUACUAAUUUUGUGAUGUUCUUUCAAGCUGUGAUGAAAUUUUUGUCCAGAUCGAAAUUUUAGUUAUAAGGGGAAAGGUCCAUUGGCUUGAAGAUAUGGCUUUUAUCUUCUCGUGUUAAAAACAAUAUUUUACUCACUCACUCGUAAAAUAUUGUUUUCACCACUCGAAGAUAAAAAGUCGUAUGUAUGUUCGUGAGCACUCUCAUAUAUAUGUACCAAAAUCCGAUACGCUCAUGGGACAACAACUUAUAUGACUUACACGAUGGAAAUUUUUAGGCCAUGCUCAACUCAUGGUGGAAGCUGAUAAUGAAUGUGGCUUACCUUGUAGCAAAAAAUUAUGGGACGGUUAUGGUCGUUGGGAUUUAAAGAAUCAAUGGAAACCGUUUAUGGAUGAGAUUAAUUUACCCUCUUCACUAGGUAAGGUUCAUUUUUUAAAUUUGAUCUAUUUUUACCUAUAAAGACCAGGGAUGCCGGAACCACGGGUGCAGCGGGUGCAAGUGCACCCCUUGCCUUUUGCAUUUUCAACUUUGUGGGUGCAGUACGGGUGCAGAAUACGGGUGCAACGGGUGCACAAAGUGCCCUUUUUGCGUGAAAAAUUUUCAUUAAAAAUUGCAUUUUUUGCGCAAAGGGCAUUUUUGAAAAAUUCAAUCUAUGUUAUUUCCGGAAAAAUGUUUUAAUUUCCGGAAAAAAUAACAUUUUCCGGAAAAAUUUUCGGUAUGUCCGGAAAAUUUUUUUCGUAUUUAGGAAAAAUUGUGGUAUGUCCGGAAAAUUUUUUUCGCAUUUAGGAAAAAUUGUGGUAUGUCCGGAAAAUUUUUUUUACCCCUAAAAUGGUACACUGAGGUCGCCAAAAAUAAUUUUUAGAUGCCCUUUCUUUUUCAUUAGUGCCCUUUUGUUAAGGAAUAUGCCCUCUUGUUAACCAUUUGCACCCCUUGCCCCCAGCAACUUCCGACAUCCCUGAUAAAGACCCAGACACACCCGGAUGCGAUUCGACAACGAUUUUUCGAUUUUCAUUUGCAUGACCGAUAAUUUUGAUCCUGGAUAAUUCCGGAUAUCACAAAAAACCGAAUUCAAUAACUGCUUUAUUAUACAUUGCAUUUUCAUUAAUAACUCUUUUGACAAACAACGAUCUGUCGCACAAUGGAACUUUCGUUCUCAAAAAAAUCCCCAGUGAAAACGAUUUAAUUUAACACAAUAUAUAACAGUAAUAAAAUAAAAAUUAACAUUAGAAAUCGCAUUUAUACUUACUAGGCUUACUAAGAUUUCGAAAUGCUUAUCAGUAGCAUAUAGUUGUCAACAUAUGAUGGUCUGGAGACCAGACGAUCGUUAAAGCUACAAAAUGGAAGGCCAUUGUUUGAUGUUAGCUAUCCCUAUUGGACGGUUACUUAAUUAUACAAAAAUACAAUGAGUUCAAUCACCGUGCACAAAUUAGCAUAAACUCAAACAAAAACAUAAUACAAUGACUUCUGUUUAGUUAGCAGACCAUGCAUCAUAUCUUAUUAUUAUUUAAGCACAUUUUAUUUUGACAUAUGAGUACUACACAUAGACUAUUACAUUUGUGAAACAUAUGGAUAACGUAACAUCAAACAAACAGGUGCCAAAAGAGGCGAAGCACAAACGAGACCAUGUCCCAUGCAGGGUGCUCACCACUAAAUAUUACAGAACAGACAAAAUUACAAAUGAAAGGUUAGGAAUGGAAGGUUAGAAAUGGAAGGUUAGAAAUGGAAGGUUAGAAAUGGAAGGUUAUAGAAGCACAGUAGAUGAAAAGAGAGAAGAUGUAGAAAGAGAUACAUGGAGGAGUGGAAGAUGUCAGUUGGUUGUGAUCAAAGAGUGCGAGUUUGGCUGGUUCGUCAGGAGUGUAAGCAGGAGUGUAAGUGGAGAUAAGUCUUGUGUAGGUAUUUUUUAAAGUUGAGUUAGAAUGACGUAGCAGUUGGGAGGAGCAGAUUUACAUACAUAGUUCCCCAGUUUUACAAUUCUUGAUAGACUAUACAAGUAGGUAUACAAACUUAUAACUUUUCCUGCUUCAGGGAAGUGGCAUAAUUUUGAAGGAAGAAAGAACCUCGAUUAUAUUGGCAAACAUAAGAAAGGCGAGGGAACAUUUUGGAUAUAUGGUGAUUCCUUGAGCUUUUAUUUCUACGAAUCCUUUUCAAAGACUCAACAGCAUUUUUGUGAAACGCAUUUCAAAAUGUGUAAUGUUUCUUACAAUUGGAUUUAUCCCAAGACUUUGUAUGAAUUGGUGAGUUCUUGCAGAAAGACCUGUUUACACUUACGAUUUUAAUUACGUGCGAUUUCCUUCUUCUGGUGGAUGUGAACGAGUACAGAUGAGUUAUAAGUGUUCUGAGUACACAUGUACCUUCAUCUGAGCAUUCAAUCCAUUCAUAACUUACCCACUUGUUUAUAACCAUCAGAUGACGAAAAUCGCAUUAGAAAUCGUAGCAAAACUUGCUAAUGUAAACGGGGUUUAAGAUUGCCCUGUUGUGACAUUACGCAAGCAUGUUUAGAGUAAGGGGAACAGUAUACUUUAGAGAGAAUAGAGUAGUAUGGUGCAUGUCUAAGGUAUAAUACAUGAUAUGGAAUGGUAAGAUGUGGAAUGGUAAGGGAUGGUAAGAUGUGGUUCGGUCAUACCAUUUCAUGACAUGGAAUGGUAAGAUGUGGUUGUGUCAUUAUGAUAUGGAAUGGUAAGAUGUGGUUGUGUCAUUAUGAUAUGGAAUGGUAAGAUAUGGUUGUGUCAUUAUGAUAUGGAAUGGUAAGAUAUGGUUGUAUCAUUAUGAUAUGGAAUGGUAAGAUGUGGUUGGGUCAUUAUGAUAUGGAAUGGUAAGAUGUGGUUGAGUCAUUAUGAUAUGGAAUGGCAAGAUAUGGUUGGGUCAUUAUGAUAUGGAAUGGCAAGAUAUGGUUGUGUCAUCAUGAUAUGGAAUGGUAAGAUAUGGUUGGGUCAUGAUAUGGAAUGGUAAGAUGUGGUUGUGUCAUUAUGAUAUGGAAUGGUAAUAUAUGGUUGUGUCAUUAUGAUAUGGAAUGGUAAGAUGUGGUUCUGUCAUGACAUGGAAUGGUAAGAUGUGGUUGGGUCAUACCAUUUCAUGACAUGGAAUGGUAAGAUGUGGUUGUGUCAUUAUGAUAUGGAAUGGUAAGAUAUGGUUGUGUCAUUAUGAUAUGGAAUGGUAAGAUAUGGUUGUAUCAUUAUGAUAUGGAAUGGUAAGAUGUGGUUGGGUCAUUAUGAUAUGGAAUGGUAAGAUGUGGUUGAGUCAUUAUGAUAUGGAAUGGCAAGAUAUGGUUGGGUCAUUAUGAUAUGGAAUGGCAAGAUAUGGUUGUGUCAUCAUGAUAUGGAAUGGUAAGAUAUGGUUGGGUCAUGAUAUGGAAUGGUAAGAUGUGGUUGUGUCAUUAUGAUAUGGAAUGGUAAUAUAUGGUUGUGUCAUUAUGAUAUGGAAUGGUAAGAUGUGGUUCUGUCAUGACAUGGAAUGGUAAGAUGUGGUUGGGUCAUACCAUUUCAUGACAUGGAAUGGUAAGAUGUGGUUGUGUCAUUAUGAUAUGGAAUGGUAAGAUAUGGUUGUGUCAUUAUGAUAUGGAAUGGUAAGAUAUGGUUGUAUCAUUAUGAUAUGGAAUGGUAAGAUGUGGUUGGGUCAUUAUGAUAUGGAAUGGUAAGAUGUGGUUGAGUCAUUAUGAUAUGGAAUGGCAAGAUAUGGUUGGGUCAUUAUGAUAUGGAAUGGCAAGAUAUGGUUGUGUCAUUAUGAUAUGGAAUGGUAAGAUAUGGUUGGGUCAUUAUGAUAUGGAAUGGUAAGAUGUGGUUGUGUCAUUAUGAUAUGGAAUGGUAAUAUAUGAUUGUGUCAUUAUGAUAUGGAAUGGUAAGAUGUGGUUCUGUCAUGACAUGGAAUGGUAAGAUGUGGUUGGGUUAUUAUGACAUGGAAUGGUAAGAUGUGGUUGUGUCAUUAUGAUAUGGAAUGGUAAGAUGUGGUUCUGUCAUGACAUGGAAUGGUAAGAUGUGGUUGGGUCAUUAUGAUAUGGAAUGGUAAGAUGUGGUUGUGUCAUUAUGAUAUGGAAUGGUAAGAUGUGGUUGUGUCAUUAUGAUAUGGAAUGGUAAGAUGUGGUUGGGUCAUUAUGAUAUGGAAUGGUAAGAUGUGGUUGGGUCAUUAUGAUAUGAAAUGGUAAGAUGUGGUUGGGUCAUGAUAUAUGGAAUGGUAAGAUGUGGUUGGAUCAUUAUGAUAUGGACUAAUGAGGCCAAUUUAGAUGCAUACAAAAGAAUAUAAAAUAAACGUAUGAGUAUAACAAUAUUAAUUGGCUAUAUUUUAUGAAUAAGGUUCAUGAAUAUAUAAGGUAAGUAAAGUAGAAAGACUUAUCCCUGUUUUUUGUAAGAAAGUUGUAAAAUAAUGCGAUCAAUUUUUAGACAGAAACGUGCAGUGAAACGGAGUUGAAGGUUCCUAAAGUUGUGUAUUAUCUCCGUGAAGUGACAAACAAACCUAAUAUGGUCGACGAAAAUUCUGUACUACUCUUUAAUGCAGGAGCACAUUAUGUCAAGGUAUGAAUCAAUUCAAAUAAUAAUAAAAUGUUCAGCAAUACGACAAAUCGCAGCAUGUAUAAAACGUACUUAUUAAGAUAGGUCAAGUAUAAGGGUAUCAGGAAAAAUGUACAAGGCUAAUCCAACUUGAUUUACAACUGGAUGGCUACCAGUUUCAAAUCGUUCUUCCGAGAAAACUGGAGUCAAACUGGAAGCACUCUUCUAGUCUUCUUGCAUGCAACUGAUGCAUUUCGGUCACAUAAUUUAUAUACCGACACAACUCUCUGAAAAACUCACAUAUACUAACAACACGUCAUCUUUUAAGUGAAUUCGUCCGUGAAUUAGAGAGAGGGAUCAUAGAAAAAUACUAGGACUCUAGGAGGUAGUGACCAGUGAACUAGUUCGUGUAGUUUUGCAUCUAUUUCGCAGGACGCUUGCUCUGGGGCAUGUGCAAAUGCAUAUACAAUUUCACUAUUAUCAUUUCCAUGAAAAUCGAACAUCCUUAUUUCCAAGUUUUAUUAUUUUGUUUCUAGACAGCAAGUUUUGAGCAGUAUAAAGAUGCGAUCAGUGAAAUAGCGAGAGUGUUAAGUGAGGAAUUCAAAGGCAAGGCAAUAUGGAAGUCAACAGCAGCGAUGCACGACCAAACUGCCUCAGUGAUGGGCUCAUUUCGAAGGUUUACCACUGAUCAGGUAUUUAUGACGUAGGGAAAAAUUUCAAAAAUGCAUGAUAUAUUAAAAUGAUAGGCCUACAGUUAUUAAUGUCUUUCUAAUUAUGUAAUAUCAUCUCUCUUUCUUUAGCGUGUAAAGCUCUUCAAUGCUUACAGUAAUGAAGUAAUGUGCAAAGCUGGUGUCACAUUUCUCGAUAUUUAUCCCAUCUCCGCUUCCUAUCCGGACGGAACGAAGGACGGAAUACAUUAUGAAAGUAAAGUAUUUUACCCUGUGGAGGAACUGCUUGUUAGUUAUUUCAGUCGUGAAUAGGUAGAUGUAUAUUUUUGUAAUGCUUUGCUGGACAGCAUAGGCGUACGGGGCUGAUGCUUUCCGGGGGGAGGGGGGCAGUUUGCCCGAAUUUUUAUGG